CUUGAUUUUGUCGUCUAACUGCGCCUUGGGGCUACAGCAACACAUACACACCGUCCACAAUGGCACCAGACAGGGGCAAAAUUGCUCCCAAGCCCUCCUCUUCUCGCGCCUGGGAUUCCCUCACCCCUCCCCUCUCCCAAUGGGUCCUCGAUGCCACGUCAGCCAUGAAUUUCUCAAGAAUGACCCCAGUUCAAGCCUCAACCAUCCCGCUUUUCAUGGGCCAUAAAGAUGUUGUCGUUGAGGCCGUCACAGGAAGUGGGAAAACCCUUGCAUUUCUCCUACCCAUUAUUGAGAGAUUACUGCGCUUGGAUGAACCCAUCAAGAAGCACCAUGUUGGUGCCAUUAUUAUUUCCCCGACCAGAGAACUCGCUACUCAAAUCUAUAACGUCCUUCUUUCGAUCCUGGACUUUCAUCCUCCUUCGGCCGCUGCCGUGAGAUCUCAUAAAGAUUCCACCAACACCGACUCGGACCAGCCGACAGAGUCAUUCCCAUCCUCCACAUUGAAAGUCGUUCCUCAACUCCUCUUGGGUGGCUCGACAACUCCUGCCCAAGAUCUCAGUACCUUUCUCAAGACAUCCCCCAACAUACUCGUCUCGACUCCUGGUAGACUUCUUGAAAUCUUGUCCUCGCCUUUCGUCCACUGUCCCCAGUCAUCUUUCGAAGUUCUUGUCCUCGACGAAGCCGACCGACUACUCGACCUGGGCUUUAAAGAUGAUCUGACCAAGAUCCUCAAUCACCUUCCCAAACAGCGCCGCACUGGACUCUUCAGCGCCAGUGUUAGUGAAGCCGUUGAUCAAAUCAUUCGUGUCGGCCUUCGAAACCCUGUCAGAGUCGCUGUCAAGGUCAAAGGCGCCAACGGCGUCGAAGAUAAGCGCACCCCUGCGAGUCUCAAAAUGACAUAUAUCGUCACCCCUGCCUCACGUAAGCUGCCAGCACUGGCAAAGCUACUUCGAGAACUCAGUCCUACUCCCUUACGAACGAUUGUAUACCUUUCCACGUGCGCCGCGGUCGAUUAUUUCCAAGCUUUGCUCCCAGCCAUCCUGCCCUCUGACACAGUCUUGGUUCCUUUGCACGGUAAACAUCCAGCUACUGUCCGUCAGAAGAAUUUCAUUCGCUUCACCAAUACCACGACAUCGGCUGUGCUGCUCACCACUGACGUGGCAGCCAGAGGACUUGAUAUUCCUGCUGUGGAUCUGGUCGUCCAAAUCGAUCCUCCCUCUGAUCCCAAAGCUUUCUUGCAUCGAUGUGGACGUGCUGGCCGAGCAGGCCGCAAAGGCCUGAGUGUGGUAUUCUUGCUUCCUGGAAGUGAAGAGGACUAUGUCUCUUUUCUCAAUGUGCGGCAAACUCCAAUCGAAUUGCUCACCACCCCUGAUUUGUCCAUCUCUCCUGAGGAGGCUUUGACUACUGAGAGCGUUUUUCAGAAACUUGUGUUGAAAGACCGGGCGCUUUAUGACAAAGCUCAAAAGGCAUUUGUGAGUUGGGUCAGGAGUUAUUCCAAGCAUCAGGCAUCAUCGAUCUUUCGCUUGGCUGAGAUAGACUGGAAUGAUCAGGCAUGUGCUUGGGGUUUAUUGAGGAUGCCUAAGAUGCCGGAAUUGAAGAAUUGGGACCGAAACACCUACACAGCACCUCAGGUCGACUGGGAUAAUUACGCCUACAAAGACAAGCAGCACGAGAAACAACGCCGCCUGGACUUGUCGAAACGAGACGAAGAAGGCACAGAAUUGCCCCGCAAACCUCACAGGAAACGUGAAAGCACGAUCGCAUGGUCUGAGAAGCUUGAACACAAGGCACAUAGAGAAGUCAAACGAUCCAAACGGGAAGCGAAGAGAGAUUUCGAGAGAAAGUCCAAGAUGACUGACGCAGAGAGGGACCAAGAGGCUCAGACAGCUGAAAUGGUGCGGCAAAUUCGACGACAACAACUCCUCGCCAAAAGUGACAGGGAAGAUGUUUUUGAAGGAUUUGGCUGAAGAAAACCAGUGCCCAACGCCUUUUCCAACUUCAUUUUGACCUGGGUGAAACAGGGUCCGGGCCACCUUUAGUCCUUCCGGGCCAGACAUGGGUCAGCCUCCCUUGUCAAUCCAGAGCGUCGGUAAAGUGGUUCAUACCAGAGCUGGGAUCUUCCCUGGCACGCAUGGAAGGCAGGCAGGCCAUCUGUUCCACGUGCUGAAGCAUCAUGAUCACGAUGAGUGUGAAUCUGGGAUCAAAUCCCUGAGGAUCUUCUGAUAGGGGGCCCCAACCUUGUUGGGCAGACAUUGGGUUGGCACGGUUGGCACGUCUAUCAAACCUACAGAACAACCUGCUGCAUGGUUAGGCGAGUCCGCACUUGAUAUGCAACGUGGCUCGAGAAAAUGUUUUCCACCAGAGACUUUUCGCCCUCUUCCCGUCCCCAGCUAUAAUGCUCUCCUUCAACGUCUUAAAAACCAUUUUCCGACCCGCGGCUCUAUGCGCUUCUUGAUGUAUGACGUACUGUACACAUGGCGAUCGUCUUCUUCCCGCAGCUAGCUUCGACUACUUUGCUUAAGCGACGACGCCGUCGGCCUUGAGCUUCUGCACGUCUUCACCUGACCAUCCCAGAACCUCGGUCAGGACCUCAUCGGUAUGCUGACCCAAGGUGGGAGGGGCGGAACGGAUUCCAAUCACACUCUCCGAGUACUUGACAGGCGGACUAACGACCUCGAUCUUGCCACAGCUGUCAUGUUCGAUUUCCUGCACCAUCCCCCGUGCUCUGACAUGUUCAUGGUCCAAGGUGUCCUUGACGUCGUUGAUGGCCGCGUAGGGCAGGCCGCUCCCCUCGAGAAUAGCGAGCCACUCUUUGGUGGUCUUGGUCUUUGUGAUUUCUUCGAUCAAGGCUUCCAAGACGUCGCGGUUCUUCACCCUCACGUCGUUGGUGAUGAAGCGAGGGUCGGUUUUCCAUUCCGGCUUGCCCACUUUGUCGCAGAUGAUUCCAUAUAAGCGGUCAUUACCACCGCCCAGCAUAAUAUCUCCAUCUUUGGUAGCAAAGCCCUUGUAAGGCACAAUGCUGGGGUGUGCAGUGCCCCAUCUGCCACCGUCGCGCUGGCCUGAGAUGAGCACCGAGCUGGCGAUGUUUGCCAGUGUCGCGACUUGACAAUCAGCCAGCGCUGCAUCGAUAUGUUGGCCCUGUCCUGUCCGCUGUCGUGCCAGCAGUGAUGCCAUGAUGGCAUUACACGUGUACAAGCCCGUGGUCAGAUCAGUAACAGCAACACCCACCUUCACUGGUGUCCCAUCUCGGGUUCCAGUAAUGUGCAUCAAUCCCAUUUCCGCUUCGACCAUGACAUCGUACCCGGCUCGUGACGAGUACGGACCUGUCUGACCGUAGCCUGUAAUUGAGGCGUAAAUCAGGCUGCACAAGGCAGGGCGGAAUGGUCAGAAUCAUAGCGAGGAUACUCAAGGCGAGGGCUUUUAUCAUAGACAUACCGAGGAUUAAUCUUCCGUAGACUCUCAUAAUCCAGA